AUGGCUCGUACUGAUAUUCAAUAUGGUCGGGAGCCGGUGGUUCCGACUUCAAAAGGACGACUUUCCAGCGACUCCAUGAUACGAUCAUUCACCAAGAAAGAUGCCCGCUCCAUGUCGAGGGCAGGGACAGAGGCCUCCUGGGCCUCUAAGGGCGUCCCAUCUCAUUCAGAUCUAGAGGGUGUUUUUGCGCCGGCUCCCUUUCCUGAAUACGCCGAUGCUCAGACUCCUGGGCACAGGGACCACGACUCGACCACUUCGACCAAAGUUCCCUCCAACGUGACACCUAGCGAACCAUGGAGCUUGACACCCAAUGACUCUUCUGAGGCGCUAGAUCAUCGCUCCAAGAGCAAGCACAUAAAGCCCAAAGUUCACAUCAAACCGAUGCUUCGCAAGAUGUCGCGUGAUGAUGCGCCGUCUACAUCCAUUGAUCUGUCCCGCUCGUCAACCGAGCAGGAAGGGCUGGGCAUCUACAUGAGUAUGGAGCGAGAUCGGCGCCGAAGUGAAUCGCUGACCGGACCGACAUAUCGACGGGCAUCUGGCCUUCACCAUCGAUCCACCAGCGGAACCUCUCAAUUUUCAACUGGAACCGGAUCCAGCGGAGGCAGAGCAGGAUCGCAAUAUGUCUAUCCCCUGCGCCCAACCCCCAAGGCGUAUACACCACCAUUAAGCCAAUCUUACCAAACAUCUGGAAAUGACAGCGAUGAAGCAGACGAAGGCAGUUUUGAGUCUGAGUCCAGAGCCCCGCCUGCGUCAGACACUCCCCGCUACGUCCGUGCUUCUUCGGGGCCGGUUCCACGUUUGUCAUUGCAAAUUGAAGAUGACUCGUUUAUCCACCUCCCAGAGGUUUCCUCAACACAUCUUCCUAGCCGGCCAUCCUUCGGUUACUCACGAGAUAAUGGGAGCACAUUGGAUACAACAUCGCCAAUCUCAAGACCCUCUCUUGACUACGUGUUUCGCUCACGAACUCGCACCAGUACUGAUCCAGUCUCUCGAGCGGCUACCGUCCAGGCUGCCCGGCAGGCAUUUGAAGAAAAGGAGGCUGCUAAGGCUCGCCGGCUCGAGAAACAGCAGAUGAAGUCCGAAGAAAGACGUCGCCGUGCCAAGCAUAACUUGCCGGGAGACCAGGAGUCUCCAGCAGUGCAAUCCAACGAGAAUAUUUCUGAGAAACCACCCAGGCCGCAUGGCUCUCAGGGAGUUGGAGCAGAUCAACAACCUUCGGCUUCAUGGAAAUCACAAUCCAAAAGUACUUGGGUUCUCUUCAUGACCUGGCUCCGGACCCGGGUGUUCAAAUUUCGACGAAAGCUGCGAAAGAUGAACUGA